UACCAGUAAAGGAGUGGUGGUGAGCAUGAGCACAGCACACUGUAUUCCUUUGUAUGCGCGGCAGUGCCCGACUGCAGCCUAAACCGCUCGCUCUUACGGCGUAAUUAUGAGUAAAAGACGAAAAGUUGGAUUAUGACACGAAACGGCUCGCUCGCGACGCGCCACUCCCUGAAAUCAACGAAGAGAGCACAAGUAAGCGCAUGAGGAAUCCCUGUGCAUAUUUUCAUGGAUAUUAUCCGGAUGCGCGCAGCUUCAAAACAACUUGGGAAGGUUGACUUUUUAUUUUCAAUGCAUGCUUUAAUGCAUCAAUGCCUUGAGUUACAAAAAUAAAUAGGCUACGUGAAUGCCUUUAGCACAGCUAUUGCAUGGGCAUGCUUUGAUCAAGAGAGGAACCUACAGUACUAUAUUGCUGAAGCAUGUCACUGCAGGCACCUUGCGAUUGCUUGCUUAGGUUAAAACACUGAGCACAGCCGGUGUGAUGUGUUUAUCGUGGUUGCAUGAGCUUGGAUUCUGAAUAUGUGUCCAAAAAUCACAAAACCUUAUUUUGGGGCAAUAACACGUUUAGACGGACGCCGUCUUUGCGGGAAAAAAAAUCAUGACUGGGAACGUAUUUGAAACGUACGUGAUGCUCUAUGGUUUGUACCCAUAAGAUGACAUGGGCACCUUUGCUCAACAACAAGAUAUUGCCACUCCUCAGAGCAUCAAUUUGGCCAACUAACUCGAGUGGCAACACGUAUUCAGGCAAUUUCUUGUGGUAAAUGUUACUAUGUUGUGUGAUGUGAGCAUGUCUGAGGCGACGCCCAGCGCAACCAGCUGCCCUGUUUCUUUGCAGAUCUCUGAAUUGAGUCGAGGCAACACUCCCGCUGUUGCAGAAAACGUCACAUCUUAUGAGGACACAGGGGGCGUCAGAUUUUGCUGACCUUAGCAUCUUUGGACCAUUGCAAUGGGAAGCUUAUGAAAAGAACACCUUAAGGCUGGUUCGUUUAUUUAAGACAUGCAGCUGUAAUCCGUUCGCGCUGAAGGCUGCGGUACGGGUGGAUAUAUUCGAGUCCAGCGCAGCAGUUCUGGCGCAGCGGGCGGGUGGAAGACCAGGAUCAUUGCAGUACCUGUAAUGAAUGCACGCUGAAAGACAGCUGUCCCUGGACACGAGACGUUUAUUGGUUCUGCUGGUGUCAUGUAAACAAGUCGAUCGACACAAUCAUUUUGCACAUGAUUUUCCCGGCGCUUGUAUGCAGCUUUUCCUGGAUUUGAACACAAAUGAGAGGUGUCCACGAGUAAGAGGCCCACAGUUUCCUUGUUUUUUUCAGGCACCACACCGUAGCAUCCUGACCACAAAUAGCAGGUUGCAUUCAUUCACAGCAUGACUGUUGCCACAGGCGACCCAGUUGAUGAAGCCGCAGCACUUCCGGGUCAGCCACAGGACACGUAUGACCCGGAACCGGACCAUGACUGCUGCGAAAGGGUGGUCAUUAACAUCUCUGGCUUGCGCUUUGAGACGCAGCUCAAAACUCUGUCUCAGUUCCCAGAGACGCUGCUCGGAGACCCCAAAAAGAGAAUGCGCUAUUUUGACCCUCUGAGGAACGAGUACUUUUUUGACAGGAACCGCCCGAGUUUCGACGCAAUUCUGUACUACUACCAAUCGGGCGGCAGGCUUCGAAGGCCAGUCAAUGUGACAUUGGAUAUUUUUUCAGAGGAAAUACGUUUUUACGAGCUUGGGGAAGAAGCUAUUGAGAUCUUUAGAGAGGAUGAAGGAUUUAUCAAAGAGGAGGAAAAGCUUCUGCCGGAAAACGAGUUUCAAAGGCAGGUCUGGCUGCUGUUUGAGUAUCCUGAAAGUUCGGGGGCUGCCAGGAUUAUCGCUAUCAUUUCAGUCAUGGUCAUUCUCAUAUCUAUAGUCAGUUUUUGCCUGGAAACACUUCCGAUUUUCCGCAAUGAGGAAGUUGACACACAAAAAGAUUCCACAAGCAACUCCAACUCAACAGUUAUCUACACCUCCAGCUACUUUACUGACCCUUUUUUCAUCCUGGAGACCCUUUGCAUUAUUUGGUUCUCCUUUGAGUUCUUGGUUCGGUUCUUUGCGUGUCCCAGUAAAGCAGGCUUUUUUGUCAAUAUAAUGAACAUUAUUGAUAUUGUGGCUAUAAUACCUUACUUUAUCACCUUGGGCACUGAGCUAGCAGAGAAGCCAGAGGAUGGUCAACAAGGACAGCAAGCCAUGUCACUUGCCAUUUUGAGAGUCAUCCGAUUAGUGCGAGUAUUUAGGAUCUUCAAACUUUCCCGGCACUCGAAAGGCCUGCAGAUCCUCGGCCAGACGCUCAAGGCAAGCAUGAGGGAGCUCGGGCUGCUCAUCUUCUUUCUUUUUAUCGGAGUCAUUCUCUUUUCUAGUGCCGUCUACUUUGCGGAAGCAGACGAGCCAGACUCGCAGUUUAUAAGCAUCCCUGAUGCGUUCUGGUGGGCAGUUGUCUCCAUGACGACAGUGGGGUACGGUGACAUGGUACCGACUACCAUCGGAGGCAAAAUUGUAGGAUCCCUGUGCGCUAUUGCCGGUGUGCUGACUAUCGCUUUGCCCGUACCUGUCAUAGUCUCAAACUUCAACUACUUUUAUCAUAGGGAGACUGAAGGUGAAGAGCAGGCCCAGUACCUCAAUGUGACCAGUGUCCCCAAGGUAGAUUCCUCUGAGGACUUAAAAAAGAGCCGCAGCGGGUCAACUAUGAGUAAGUCCGACUACAUGGAAAUUCAAGAGGCUGUUAACAACAGCCACGAGGACUUCCGAGAGGAAAACAUCAAAACUGGCAACUGCACGCUUACCAACACAAACUACGUUAACAUCACCAAAAUGCUCACAGAUGUAUAACUGCUUCAAACUGCCUUUACCUAGAAGGUAGGAAGAAGAGCUUUGGGUAGGGGAUUACACACCCCAGUUUUGAAGGCUUAGAUGCCCAGUGCAAGAGUUUCGGGACAGGAGAACUGAAAUAAGUCAGUUUAACCGGAAGGAUAAACGAAGAAGACCAGUCCAUCAUUUCAUCCCAUUUCCUUCUCGCUCCUCCUCCAGUUGUGGAAAACUUGAUUGGUGGGGAGCGUUGUUCUGCAUCCUUGUGUUCAGUGUCUGCAUGGAGUUUGUCUAGUCUGUGUGACUGUUCUAGUAGUCAUUCUGCUUGCAACAGUAGCCAAAUCGUAGCCUAACAAAAAGAUACAAGCGUAGCAUAGAGGGACCAAUACCUAAAGCCAAUGCCCUCAUUCACUGCCAACCCGAGGACUCCUGCUGAGCAUCCCAGAGUGUAUCUGUACUUUUGGGAAAAACAACAAUUUUGUCUCUCCAAAUUGUAAUCAAUUGCAUAAAAGACAUGGAGGAGAAAACACACUUGGGAGAAUUCACGAUGAAGGAUGUAUGUCUCCGUGAAUGCACAAACAUGCUGCCAGCAACAACAGCAUACCGAAACUUUUACAUUCCAUCUUGUUACGGAGACAUACAUGCACAACCAACACUGGGGGCCUGGAGGGGUUAUUACAAUGCCCCUUUUUCUGUAUGUCCUUAUUUCCCUCUUUCUCUGCCAGGGUGGAUCUCAGUGUGUUUCAUAGUAGAGAAAAUAGACUUACAAGUGAAGUGAAGAUUGUUUUGAAGUAGUCCUCCAUACUUUCCAUCACGUCUUUGUUUCACUAUAAAGCAUGACUAGUAGUCCUUCAUUGCAUACUUUUCCCCAUCACUUCCUGUUCCCAGCUUUGUAAGACUUCAUAGCAUUCCAUGUGUAUGAGAAAUGGUCUAAUCCUACAAGCACUGACAGGGGUUGCAAGAGUGUAGAUAUUUUAACUGUGACAUAGCAGCCAACAACAGUAAAACACUAGCUUACUAAGUCAGGGCACCAAAGAUAAAAUCCACUGCCGCUGUUUUAAGCAUUUUAUGUUGUUUUUACAUCUUAGUGCCAUUUCAUGGUGCAUCUUGCUCUAGGGUUGGGCCAAUAGACAAUGCCAUCGUCCAUCGCCAUUUAGCAGACAUCACAAUGUUGAGUGGAAUUAUUAUUCCACCCUCCGCAACCCACCCGCAAAAAGCAUCUUAAUCACACUAUAUUGACCAGUGCAAUGCACGCUUAUAAUUUCCGCGCAGUUACUUCAAAUAUUAAAAAAAAUUCUGAUUAUAUAAUGACAUAAUGAAGUUGUUCCCGAUCACAAUACAAUUAUAUUCAAAACUGUUCAAUGAUGUCCGGGAACGGCUGUCGGACUUGCGCGUUUGACCAUAUUUGCCUUCCAUCUGCUCCAAGAUGAUGCGCUUCAGGUCGACUAUAAGAGCAUCCUGCUCUGACUCCCUCAGGACACCUUUCAGGUGGGCUAACAUGGGCACAAGUGAGGAAACAGUAACACAGUUUUCUCCAGAGAGAAUAUUUGUAAACUCAGCUACUGGCUUUAACCUGCUGUUACCCGCUUCCAGAACGGAGUGGGCGGUGACUUUUGUCCUGCUUGCACUUGUUUCAGGAUUCUCUCAUUUGCUGUUUGGAGCUCUGAAUGAUACACAGCAAAAAUUAAUUUUCAAUUAAAAAUCUAUAAAUUGGAAAACAGCUUGUUUUUUCAUUAUUUCUAAAAAAAAAUGAAUAAAACUAUAUUUUAAUUUUUAUGCACAUAAUGACUAUGAAAUAUAAAACUCAAAUGAAUUCAAAUUUUAAUUAUUUUUAUUUCCCAUUUAUAUUUUGUGCAUAGAAACAAUAAUAUUAAAAACUUAAUUUCUAUUGAUAUUGUUGUAUCUUUUGGCACGCUCCAAAGCAGCUGACCAAAAAAGAGCGAUGCGGACCACACGUCAGAGGAUUAAAACAUUAAAUUGAAUGUUUUCCCGAUGUCAUCGUCCAUGGCAAUGUUUUAUUGUCGACAUUGUCUGAUGCCAAGUUGGUAGACAUUGCCCAACCCUAUCUUGCUCAUAAUAUGAUGCUGGAGAAUCUGGAUAAAAGUUGUAUGAAAGUUAUGCUUCCAUGAAUAGCAUUUUUAAGAGAUAGCAAAUAUUCUGCUACUUUUGUGAUGCAUGUCUGGUACACAUUCCUCGUAGCAUGCAUGUAAGCGUAGUAAGAAUAAUGCAUACGCAUAAAACUAGUAAUAAGUAUUCAUAUCUUUAUCGAUAUAAAUAUUUCUCUCUGUGUGAUUAACAGUAUGUGCAAUACUAUAAACGCCUUUUUUUUAAGGUUGGACAAUUUUACAGAUAGUUUUCAAUGCUAAUAGGCUAAUACAUUAGUUAAUAAGCAUUUUCAGGGUCUUUGGUUGGUUGAUCUAUGGAAAGAGAGUAUGUUGUACCAAUUAUGAGUUGUUCAAAGCACCACAUUUUGAUAUGGCCUUAAAAACCUUUAAAAACUCUUUUUAUAUCUUAUUUAAUUACAAGGGAUUUGGAUUUAGCAUUUUCUUUUUUUUUACAGCAAAGUUGUGUAAUGACACCAUUACAUCGUUUACUGUAGUCUUUAUAACUGCAGUUUUGGUUAGAAGUUAAAGACCCCAUGAAAUUUUACAUAGCCGAAAUUCUACUCAUUCUACUCAUUUUAAUUUUUGCCGAUAUGCAAAUUCAAAAUGUCUUUGCUGGGAAAUGGACCAAAGAAUUGUGGAUAUCAUCUCCUGCACAUAAGCAUAUACCAAUUUUGACCUAAAAUGCUCCCUAUAUACGGUCCCAGCAGUUUUUCGCUAUUCCGCAAUUGAGGAACACAAAUUCAACUAAUUAUUUUUUGCAAUCUUGCAUAAUUUGUCAUUAUAUUGCAAAAUAAAUUAAAUGAUCUAUGGAGCUGUUUAUACCUGGCAUUAAGAUGAGUUUUGGUCAAUCACAUCACAAGUGGACAAGAGACACCUGGUAUUUUAAUUUUAAAGUCUUUUUUUCUCCACUUUCGACUGCUUCUAUCUUGUUUUUCUGAGGGAGUGAUCUGUUGUCUUUUAAACACGAGUGGGAGAAAUAAUGGGUUUAAAAUGGCGCAAAGUAAUAUUAGGUCAGAGUCCGCUGCUUGUGUUAAGUGCUUUUUCUGAUAAUUCCAAGCAAUUGAUGAAAAAAGCUUGGCAACUUCUAAGCGCUUGCAAAAUUAUGAAAGGGGGCAGUGCAGUCGCUUCAGUUUUAUUAAUGAAAGCCCAACGAUCAUGCUGAACAUCGUUCUCCAAUGAGUCUGUGAGUUGCCCCCAAAGCAAAUUCUAUUAAUAACCUCGAUUUUAAUGUUUAAAUAUUACAUAAUUUUUAUAUUAGUUUGGCUUAUUAUUUUAAACAAUGAUAAAACAUAUCAACAAGUAAAAUAAAAUAAAAUAAAAUCAACAAGUAAAACAAAAAGUAGAGUAGAUUAUAUCAAAAAAGUACAUGUUUUAUCCAUAUUGUGGUAGACCUUGCUCACAAAAAGGUUGGAGACCCCUGCAUUAGAUCAAUAGGUAGAGAGUAGGUGGUCUUUUAUGCACAUUCAAACACACGAGCGUCUAGACAACAAAAGCAAUCUGGUCAAAUGCGUUUUCGACUUACUCUGAAUGUGGUCGAAAGUGGACGAGCUCAGAACGUUUACCCCUCGUUUAGACCUGUAUUUAAUGUCGUCCAAUUGUGAUGUGAUCAACCAAAACGCAUCUUAAUACCAGUUGUAAACAGCCUCUUAGAUUUUGUCAUGAUACAGAAUUGACAACUUUGAACAUUUUGUACUUCCGCACGUAAACAGUCCCUCUCUCUAGCACGCUGCACCCCACAGUUAACAGCCAAUCACAAUCUCAUGACCACACAAAUCAUCACUGCAAAAGUCGCACACCCCCAAAAAAAUCACGAAAUCCUGGUAGGACUGUCUAUAAUGAAAGGCCCUUCUCCGACAUGCUAACUCAACUACUAUAAGAUCAAAACGCAUCCCCAUCGAUGCUAAUCAAGGCAUUUUGACUAAAUAAUAUUUAUAUUUACAUGUAAUAUUUCACCAGUGAAGGGCGUGAAAUAGAUUUUUUUCUCUUUUUGCGCUGCAUACGCCAGUUAACUGCCAUUGAGGUAAAUGGAAAUACUAACAGAUUGCACCCUAUAUUUAUCAUACUGUAAACCUCCUUGAUGUCACCAACCAACCAGCAAUAGCAAGUGGCAUACUGUACUGUGAUUAGGCAUAGUGUCUUAUACUAAAAGAUGUCAACACAGAAAAGAAAAUUGCUUUUGUGAAAUAAUUUCAUGGGGUCUGAAAUGUUUUAAAAUCCAAAGGGUGCAGUCAGUGCUUGAUCCAUUAGUAGAAUAGCUAGACAGUAACCAACAUAAUGGCCGAUAUCACCACUGUAUUCACUGGUGUAGUGCUAUGUAGAGUUUUAUAGACCCUUUUACUGUUUGAACACAAUGAUGAUGUGGCAAUGUAUGCGCGCGCAUUUUGGCAAUGGAAGUAUGGUAAGAAUCACAGUGAAGCAACACAGACAGAGAAAGUUAUUUGAAAAAGUUGACUUUAUCAACUUUUUCAAAACAGCUACCACAUCCGUGUACUAUAGUGGAGUGGAUAAAAGACGUUAGUGGAUGGCCAGAUAUAAAGUGGCCAGAUACAUAUAUACGUAUAUUAGUAUAUUAUAUAAGUGCAACCAAACGCAACAACCAGUUGCUAACACAUUAGAACCAAUAGGGAACAACACCACUUCCAUUGCCAAAAUGCGCGGGCAGGCUAUUUGAUCACAUGGGCUGUAAAACGGUCUAUAAUGUGUGUCAUAUACAGUAGGGGAGAGCAGGGUAAGUUGUCACACUGUUCAUAACUCCAACACUAGAGGCUCUAUCUAAAAAAAAACGGCCCUUUGUGUUAUGACUUCUUCUGUAGUCAACUUCGUGUUCACAUGUGGUCAAGAUCGCUCUAAUCUGACGUUAGCACAAUUUUCAAAUUUUUUAGCUUAAAAAGUAAAAAAAUUGGCUAUUUAAAUUUUAUGCGCUUCUAAAUUACAAGUGUGAAACGAUCCUUAACCCUAAGAGUUCCAGUUUUGGUUUGAAUUUAAAAAUUAAAAUGACUAAAUGACUAAAAUCACAAUUAAGUAGUUGUGUUCUUAUUUUAGAUAAUCUAGUGUGACCACUUACCUGGCGAUGGGGCAAAAUGUCACAAGUGAACAUUCUCAACUCUGUAAUGAGAUAAGAUAUGAAAAUGUAAUGAAAACAACAUAUGUGCCCAAGACUUCCUUCUUACAUUUGGUAUGAGAUUUAUACCAUUGUGAUGUAUGGUGUUCAGUAAAUGACAGUGUGAAAAGUGUGACAACUUACCCCGCUCUCCCCUACAUACAGUACUAUGCUAGCCACACGGUUUCUAUGACGACUACUCCCAUAUCCAAGAAUGUGGUGCUCUGUUCACUCCACUCUUUUCAAAUACUGGGAUUGCCUAUCCAAAUGACACUAUUCUUACCCUUUCCAUAGAUUCAUUGAGGGUUGAGGUUCAGAUCCAUGUCUGCUAAUUUCACUUAUCAACAUUAAUUUGUUUACGCGUGUUGUGUACGAGUGUCUUGCGAGUAGGAAACGUGUGCAACAUUGCAUCUCAUUACUUUUGGGAUUGGUGGUGCCACUUUUCCAAAUUGUUUUUGUAUGCAGGUACGAUAAGAAUUUCAUACGUUGAGAAUCGUGUGGAUUGUGAAAUUAAGUGGAAACAUUAGCUGAAAGGUGCUAAAAUGUUGAAAAGGAGUCCAUAUUGUGAUUACGAGGUACAUCUUUGAUUUUAUGUUGACCCAUUAACGCUUAUUUGUCUUUUUUGGCAUUUAUUCAUUACAUAACCAUUAUUUAAAUAGAAAAGUUGCACACUCAUCAUGAGAAAAGCAUAGAUCAUGCCUUCAUCCCACGUCCAUAUGUUUUCAUCAAUACUGCUGCGUCCUGCCUUUUAAGACUCUAUAGUGUACCCAUAUAAUACAAAGCACACUGAGGAUUCUUGCCAGCCACCUCAGGAACACAGACUUUGUCGAUGUGCGCGUGUGAUGUCGAAUGCAUGCAGAAGCCCUUUUGUUAACAGAUGCCCUUGCAUACUGUAGGAUGGUAUGCAAGUAAUUGAACAAGCCAGGGCACAAAACCGUCUUAUCCUUUUAGAAGAAUGGGAUUCUCAACACGAUCUAAGAUUAUUAGCAAGAGUUAUAUGUCCAACUGAUGCUCUCAAAAUAUAUUAAAUAGCAUCUCCAUAGCUGCCUCGUUCAGUCUGAAACUGUGGAUAUAUUGUUUUUAAUAUGUUCACUAUGACAGCCGUACAUUUGUAUUACUCUAGAGAUUUAACGCCUAUGUAUACCAACUUUUAAAGAAUUCCGCUGCUUUCAUUGUUGUCUUAACACAACCUAUAGCUUUAUAAAACGCCUCCAUGUUACGCAGUUUCUUAAUUCACAGCUGCAGUGGUAUCCUUUAAAACGUAUCCAAAUCUAGGUGUAUUGUUGUAUCCGAAUACUUCAUAUACGUUAAGCACAACUGGGAAAAAAACUGUAAUUGUCAUAGAAGCUUUGCCUAUUGAUUACUGUGGUAUAUAAAUGUAUCAGCAAUCAAAGCAAGCCUUUAUCUAUAUAUAUAUAUAUAAUCAAUACUCAACUGAAUGUCAUUGCAGACUUUACUGUUCACACUCAGGCAUGUUUUUUGGAAAAAAGGAUAGCCCUCAUUUGCUAUACACACAUACAAACAAUAUAAAUAUACAGUGUAUAUAUAGAUAUGAAAGGUUGAAUGUAUGAUGAACAGACCAGAUUUAAAAGCAUGCGUGAUUCAGAUAAAUGACUUCAUUAUGUGUUUAGGUAGUGACAUAAGUGAGAGAGAGUGAUCAGCUAUUUAAAGAGCGACUAGUUUAUGAAAAUGUUAGGCCUUGUUCAGACUGCGCACAAAUCUGAAUUGAUUGUUGGGUUUUUUUGGGCUAACUGAAGGCACUGUUGUUUUGAAUGUAUGAAAUUACAUUCAGGUUUUUUUUAGACUGUGAAGUCAUUAUCCAAUAUAGUGGGGUCCAAUAAAGUAUGUAACCAGACUGAUAUCAGUCUAUUACUUCUGCAAAUGACUAGAAAUGUUUAGUAAAACAGUUAAUAGUUGUAAAAUUACUGAGCCCCUAAGGUGAUAUUGGAGUAAAAAAAAAUCUAAAGUUUACUUUCAUGUGCUCACGCGAAACCUUCAUUUGCAGAUUUUUUUUUACAUUUCGUUUUGCAUGCGCACGUGAAACUAUUGAGGGCGCGUCGACGUGCAAACAACACGGCCAGACCGCUGGUAGGUAGUAACCACGCGUGUAACCACAGUAGCAGCGCAAACGUCAAAGAAGAAGCAGCUUAGCAAGUUAACUCACAAAUGAAGAAGAAACAGCUACUUGUUGUGUAUAAUUUGAGAAGACCAGCAAUGAUGGAAGUAAAUAAACAGCGACUUUUGUUGCAGUUUGAGUUAAAUCACUCCUCAACUUGGCUCAUCUUUGUUUUCACCGUCACAAACGGAAAUACCUAUGACGCAGGUUUUUUUUACCUGACGGGAGGGGUUCUGGUGGACCAAUCACAGCGCUUGUGGUCCGCGUAGAUCUGACGCGCUGUUAAAUUUUUUGUGAGGUGCGCGUCAGGCUACACAGAGCUACGCACUGGCUACGGAUAGCCUACGCCGUAGCUACGGUGUAGAACCUACGCACGACUAUAAAUCACCCUUAAAGCAUGCGCACGUAAAACUAAAGCGUGCGCACGUAAAACUAGCGCGUGCACACGUAAAGCGAAAGUUUCAAGUUGCACGUGAAACUAUCAUGUUUAGUUUCGUGUGCGCACGCAAAAGUUUCACGUGCGCACGCGAAACUAAACACAAUAGUUUCAUGUGCGCACGCGAUAGUUUCACGUGCGCAUGCGAAACUAAACAUUAUUUCAUUUUUGCUCCAUGUCCCUUUAGGGGCUCUGUAUAAAAUAGACACUGACUAUGUUAUCUAUUUUAUACAAAGAUCAGAUUUCCCUGCUUUUAUUGAAACACAUUAAAUGUAAAUGUAAGCAAAAGGGGAAAGUACUAAACAAUCAUGAAUUUGUACGUAUUUUAUGAGUUGGCUAAUUUGUUUGAAUUCGUAUGAAGCGAAUCGUACAAAAAUGUAAAGUUAUUAUACAAAUUAAAAAAUAAUGAAACCCCACCCAUAACCCCAAUGUCACUGUAAUUAAUACCAAUUAGCCACUUCGUAAAAUACGUACGAAUUGCCUUGAGAUUGUGUUGGUACAAAAUGUUAAAGCUCUAAUAAAAUUUGUGCUGAUAAAAAGGAUUAAAUAAUACAAAUAUUAAACAGAAGCAUUUUUGUAAGAUUUUGGACCCCACUAUACGUUGUCUGCCAUAACAAAUGACUUAAGAAUCAGAACAAUGCCAAAACAUUUGUUAUAACUGAGUAACAUAUUUUACAAAGUCAUGCAUAUGUUCUGUCUAAAACCUCUUAUUCGCUAUUUACCACCAACAAAAAGCCACGUUGUUUACUAUAUAUGUUCACUAUGUGAGCUUUAGACAUUACUGCAUGCUUCUUAUGGUGAUACAUACUGUACAUUGUCAGAAAUAAAGUUAAAGAAUCUGUCACUGGGGCAGUACCCCUUAAAAAAGCACACAUUUGCACAUAAAGACUGCAUAUGAAUAAUUACAAAGAUAGAUAUUGGUACAUAUCUGUAGCGUCCCAGUGACAGCUUUUUUGUACCUUUAUUUAAGACGCGUCCCAAAUGAGAAAUACACAAUUAAGGUUUGAUUGUUCAUAUUUAAUCAUUUGCUGCCCAUCUGAACGAGGCCUUAUUAAACUUAGCUCAUCUUAUCUUUACAUGCACAGAUCAUCACCUCUCUCCACUGUUUAAAGAGAUCUGCUUGAUGUCACCUGGUUGACAAAUAAUGAACUGGGAGCUUCAGUAAAUGAGUGUUGGUCUGCAUGUGUCUAUAUGUGUAUGUGACAUUAUCCCCACAUUGUCAUCCGGAAGGCCUGAAAAUUCAUUCCUUGUACAAAGCCUUUGUUUAUUAGGAAAAAGAAAAAACUGACAGCUAUAUACAAUAAGAGGAACUGACCAACAGAUGGAGGACUCAAUGUGUUCUCUGGAUGUGAUAUAAGAAAUGUUAUGCACUUUACAAGGAUCACUGGACACUUAAUGCUGAAACUAAAAGACAAUCUUGGAAAGAGAACAAGAGAUGCAUCUUUUCCUUCCAAAAGAUUAUAACUGUAAAGAGAUCUAUGAAUAAUGGUGAUAACAAUGAUUAUGAGGAUGAAUAUAUUAUAAACCAUGAUAAGCUUACAAUGACUCCUGUUUGAUUC